ACGUUCUCAAUACUUCAUCAUUAUGCAAGACCUCAAAGUACCGCAAGCCAUUGAGGCUAGACAAAGUUCGAGGCAGGACUCAGAAAACAUGAACAUCUCCGAAGCACCCUCCAUACCAACCUGGCGUCUUAUACUCUUGAUCGUCAGCCUAUGUAUCGGUCUCUUCCUCUCCCUCCUCGACACUUCGAUUGUAGCCACAGCUCUCUACGAUAUCAGCGUCUCGUUUUCUUCACCCCAUACAGCUACUUGGAUUGCUCUGUCCUACACUCUCUCCUACCUCAGCUUUGCCGUCCCUUUUGCCAAUCUCAGCGAUGUUAUCGGCCGUCGCGCUGCCUGGUCGCUCGCCUUUUCCAUCUUCUUUGCCUUCUCGUUGGCUUGUGGGUUUGCAAAGACAUUGAUGCAGUUGAUUGGCUUUCGGGCUGUGCAGGGAGUGGGUGGAAGUGGACUGUACUCAUUGACAAUGAUUGUGAUGCCGGAAAUCGUCAAAAAGGAACAGAGGAAGUGGAUUGGUGCUGUUGUCGGCUUGGUUGUUGCUGUGGCAGGUGUCACGGGGCCAGUGAUAGGAGGUAUAAUAACCAAGUUUGCGACUUGGAGAUGGGUAUUUUGGAUCAAUGGCCCUGUUGCUGCUGUCUCUGUUGUACUGUUCCUUCUUACUUGGCCUGCUGAGAGCAUGGUAAAGCAACCUAUUCGCCGUUCUUGGAAACAGCUCGACUUCCCUGGUUCUUUCCUCCUCAUUGCCGCAUCUGUCCUUGUUGUCUUUGCCUUCCAGCAAGCCGGCCUCAAACCCAACUCUUGGGACAAAGGUCUUUUCCUGACGCCCUUGCUUGUAGGCUGCUUCUGCUGGUGUGUUCUCUUCGCUUGGGAAACCUUCGCCUCAAGCCACUCCUUCUCAGUCAUCCUGCCUCUUCGACUGCUCAAACACCGCGUGUAUGCAACCACCGUAAUGGUAACUGUGCUAACAGGCUUUGUAAACUUCAUCGCUGUCUACAGUCUCCCUCUCCACUUCCAAAUCGUCAAUGGAACAAGCUCACCCAUUGCCGGAGUGGCUUUACUCCCCUUACUGGUCUGGGCAGCUAUAGGCAGUAUGCUAGGUGGCCUCACCGCUAACCACUCUUUCCCUGCUUUGGCCAUUGCAAACGGUAUGAUGGCUCUAGGAGCAGGUCUCUUGUCUACAUUGACACAGCAUCAUGGCGUGCAAGCUAAGACGUAUGGCUUUGAGGUGCCACUGGGACUAGGCAUGGGACUUUCUAUCUCGGCCUCAACGUUGCUGGCGGCGACGCAAUGUGAGGCUACGGAUUUAGCUGUAGCGCAGGGAGUUGUCGCGCAAGCUAGGGUCUUGGGUGGAAGUAUUGGGAUUGCGGCAUCAUCUGCUAUCUUGGGCAGUAUGAGUGCGAAGGCUGGCAGGUCAGGCGAAGUGGUUGAUGAGAAGUCAAUAUAUACGAAUGCUUUCUCGAAAACGAUGUGGGUUUGUGCUAUCGUCGCUUGCAUUGCUGUGGUGCUCUCGGCAGGGACUUAUCAAAAAGGAGCAGGGCAGGCAUCACAGUCGUCUGCAAGCGCCGAACAAGUCACCAUACAGGAGCAAGAAAUUGUUGUAGAAAAAGUAGUC